AUGGACGUCUACAAUGCUUUCUUGAAUGGCAGCCUGGAUGAAGAAAUUUAUAUGUCACUUCCUCCCGGAUAUGGAGAUGGUAGAGACACACGAGUAUGCAAACUAAAAAAAUCACUUUAUGGGCUAAAACAAGCCCCUAGAAAUUGGUUUGCAAGGUUUUCAGAAGUAUUGCUAGCUUUUGGCUUUGCUCAGUCAAAGUGUGAUCACUCACUUUUCAUCUUCAAAAAGGAGAAUACAAUCAUGGCAGUGCUUGUCUAUGUAGACUAUCUCAUAAUCGCUGGGAACCACUUGGAGAAGAUUGAAAAAUUCAAGAAAUACUUAAGUGAACACUUUAAAAUGAAGGAUUUAGGCAUCGUGAAAUAUUUCCUUGGGCUAGAAUUGGCAAGAUCGAAGAAAGGGAUAUUCUUGUCCCAACGAAAAUACACAUGCGAUGUCUUGGAUGAGGUGGGGUUAAUUAAUGCAAAACCAGUUGAAGUUCCAAUGGAGCAUAGAAAAGAUUUAUCAGUGGAUGGUGGUGAGUUGCUAAAGGAUCCAACGGCCUAUCGACGUCUGGUAGGAAGGUUAAUUUACUUAACCAUAACCAGACCUGAUAUUACUUUUGCAGUACAUACUCUUAGUAGGUAUAUGCAACAACCUUCCGUUGCACACUACAAAGCAGCUUUGAGGGUGUUAAAGUAUCUAAAACAAAGUCGUGGCCAAGGACUGUGGUUUCCAUCAAAUGAAGACUUUCAACUCACUGCAUAUUGUGAUGCUGAUUGGGGUGCUUGUAAAGAGACAAGGAGGUCUAUAACAGGCUAUUGCAUCUUCUUAGGAGGCAGCUUAAUUUCAUGGAAAUCUAAGAUGCAGCGUACUGUGUCAAGGUCAUCUGCUGAAGCGGAAUAUCGCUCCAUGGCAGACACUAGUUGUGAAAUCUUAUGGUUGAAAUAUCUGCUUUCAGAUUUUCAGGUGAAUCACCCACAACCGGUGGACUUACUUUGUGACAACAAACCAGCCAUACAAAUUGCUGCUAAUCCGCUAGCUGACUUGUUUACAAAGGCACUGCUAAAAGAUCAAUUUCAGUCGUUGAAGUCCAAACUGAGCAUUUGUGAUCUGCAUGCUCAGUUUGAAGGAGGAGUGUUGAAGCAAUUCUGA